CUUCCGCGUAGGUUGGUUGUGCGCGGGCCACGCGGAUGGGUGUUGGUGUAACCCGUGGCUUAUGGUGCUCAAGACUCUUUGCAUCUUAACUCAUUAAGAAAAGCUGUACCAUAGCAAGAAUCAUGACAGGAGAAACUAAAAAAUUCAAGAAAGCUGUGCAAAAAAUUGGAACGCACAAUGGCAUGUUCCAUUGUGAUGAAGUCCUGGCUGUCUCAAUGCUCAAGAUGUUACCUGAGUGUCAUGAAGCUGAAGUUGUCAGGUCCCGUGAUGAAGCUGUUCUAAGGGAGUGUGAUAUUGUUGUUGACGUUGGUGCUGUCUACAACCCUGAGCUGCACCGAUAUGACCACCACCAAAAGUCUUUCUCGGAGAGCAUGCGCUCGCUGACGGCCGGCGCCAAGCCGUGGGUGACGCGCCUGAGCUCGGCCGGCCUCAUCUUCCACCACUUCGGACGGGACGUGCUCGACACCCAGCUGGGCCCCGCGGCCAGCGAGCACCGAGAGGUCGUGUUCGACCGGCUCUACCAGACGUUCAUGGAGGAGAUCGACGCCGUGGACAACGGCGUCAACCAGCAUGACGGCACGCCACGGUACCAGGUGAACUCGACGAUCGGCGCACGCGUGUCCCGCCUCAACCCGGCGUGGAAUGACACGCAGCCGGACGAAGCGGCGUGCUUCGAGCGUGCGCGGCGGCUGGUGACGGCCGAGUUCACGGACGCCGUGCAGCGCAUCUGGACCGUCUGGUACCCGGCCCGCCGGCUGGUGGAGCAGGCCGUCAUCGGCCGGCACCAGGUGGACCCGAGCGGCCUCAUCAUGGAGCUGCCGAAGGGCGGCGUGCCCUGGAAAGACCACCUGUUUGUGCUGGAGCAGGAGCAGCAACCGCCGUGCCAGGUCAUGUUCGUGCUGUUUACGGACCAGCAGGGCCAGUGGCGCGUGCAGGCGGUGCCACCCUUCACCGGCUCCUUCGACAUGAGAGUACCCCUGAAGGCGAGCUGGCGGGGUCUGCGCGGCGAGCAGCUCUCCAAGGAGGCCGGCAUCGACGAUGGCGUGUUCGUGCACGCGUCUGGCUUUAUAGGCGGCGCGACCAGUCACAGGAGUGUGCUUCAGAUGGCGCGCCAAUCGCUUCAGGAGGCCGGCAAGCUGUGAUUACGCCCGCUGGACCUAUGGAGGUGGACGACUGUACA